AAUGUAAUUAGAUGAAAUGAGGUUCCGGAGAAUAAUCCUUGUCGUAAGCGUAUUCUUAACAACCGUUGUUAUAUAUUUAAUACAUCAUCACUAUGAUGUGUUGGCUAACUCUUCACACACUAAAGUUCCAGUAGCGAAUAGCGUGCUUAAAACGUCCCGUCCAACUUUCUACAUAGCCGUGGUUGCAUGUGGUCAGCGGCUGCAAGAGACGUUGGUAAUGAUAAAAUCUGCACUGCUAUUUAACAACGCGAAAGACAAGUUGCACUUUUUAGUUUUUGCUGAAGAUCAAUUGCAGUCUAGUUUUAAUGAAAAGCUUAGUGAUUGGCGCUCUUUAAGAAAAGAAGAAUUUGACUUUGAAUUAUAUCCUCUUCAGUUUCCUUUAAAUGGCGAAUGGAAAACGUUAUUUAAACCAUGUGCUGCACAAAGGUUGUUCCUACCGUCUCUUUUGCAAUCGGUUGAAUCUCUUUUGUAUGUGGAUACAGACAUAUUAUUUUUAUCUCCAGUUGGGGAUGUUUGGAAGUAUUUCAGUAGAUUUAAUGACACUCAAAUUGCUGCACUUACUCCAGAACAUGAAGAUCCCAAUAUUGGUUGGUACAAUAGAUUUGCACGUCAUCCAUACUAUGGUCCAUUGGGAGUAAAUUCUGGUGUAAUGUUAAUGAAUCUAACUCGCAUGCGACAAUUCAAAUGGGAAGAACACGUACUCCCAAUUCACAAAGAAUAUAAAUUGCGUAUAACCUGGGGUGACCAGGAUAUAAUUAAUAUACUUUUUUAUUACCAUCCAGAAAAACUUUUUAUAAUUCCUUGUGAAUACAACUACCGUCCAGACCAUUGCAUGUAUAUGAGUAUUUGCAAUGCCUCUGUGGAAGGCAUUAAAAUCAUGCAUGGCAACCGUGGAUACUUUCAUUCAAAUAAACAACCUUUAUUUCGAGCUGCGUUCGAAGCAAUAGAAAGUUUUCAGUUGGGUUCCAACCCAUAUAGCGAUUUCCUGGUGCCUCUGAAGGACGGUUUACAGAAUCCGAUAGUUACUGAAUCAAAUUGCGGCAAAGUUGCUAAGGAACUCGUACUAUUGGCAAACAAAAUAUUUAAAAAUGAAUACUAUUACGAUACAUAAUAUGAACUCGGCAAACAUUUGUCCUAUCUUCUCAAAUCGUAAUUUUAUACCCUCCACCUGCGUGAGAAGGGUAUAUAUAAGUUUGUCAUUCCGUUUGUAAUUUCACACAAUAUAAUUUUCCGACCCUAUAAAGUAU